AUGGUGGUACAGCUGGGCUGUGGCUCUGUGCUGAACUUCUCUGGGUCCUCUUCAUCCAGUGCUGAACACAGUCAUGAGUGUGAGAGGUCGAUCAGGUUGGUGGGAUCUGGUGGAGAUUGUGCAGGGAGGCUGGAGGUUUUUCACAAAGGCUCAUGGGGGACAGUGUGUGAUGACUCCUGGGAUAUUAAAGAUGCUCAUGUGGUGUGCAGACAGCUGCAGUGUGGAGUGGCUCUCAGUGAUCAGCCAGUACCAGCCUGGUUUGGUCCUGGUUCUGGACCCAUAUGGCUGGAUGAUGUGAACUGUGAGGGGAAUGAGACGUCUCUGUGGAACUGCUCUUCACGGGUCUGGGGAGAUCAUGACUGUAAACACAAGGAGGAUGUAGGAGUCGUGUGCUCAGAGUUUAAAGAGAUCAGGUUAAGUGAAGGCUGUAAAGGGAAUGUGGAGGUUUUCUACAAUGGAUCCUGGGGUAAUGUUUGCUACAAUCAGAUGGACAGAAACACAGCGAGUCUGAUCUGUCAAGAACUGAACUGUGGAAGAUCUGCCAGUGAACCCAGUUCUUCAGAUGGACUGAGGUCUCAGAAUUGGCUGGACUAUUUCAAAUUUAGAUCACAUGACACCACUUUAUGGCAGUGUCCAUCUAAAGCAUGGGCAAAGAAUAAUUGUGAAGGCGAAGCAGCCAAAUUUGACUGCUCUGUCAGAGAAGAGGUGGUUCAUGAUGUUCCCCGGAGUCGUCUGACAUGUUCUACCUCACCAUCACCUCACCAGAGACAAUGUUCAAGUCAUGUUCCUCUCAGACUGAGUGGAGGUAAAGGCAGGUGUUCUGGGAGGCUGGAGGUGUAUCAUAACUCUGAGUGGGGUUCAGUCUGUGAUGAUCUGUUGGACAUCAGAGAUGCUCAGGUGGUCUGCAGGCAGCUGGGUUGUGGAGCAGCAUUGAGUGCUGAUGGGAAUGAAGCGUUUGGUGAAGGUGUCGUGUGGCUGAACAGAGUCGAGUGCAGAGGGACUGAGAUUCACCUCUGGGACUGUCCUCACGUCCUGAAAAAACACACUGACUGCUCAAACAAAGAACAUGUUGAACUUAUCUGUGCAGACUUGUCUGCACCCACAACUUCAGCCGCAACAACAACAACAGCUUCUCAUUCAGUUUCUCAGACUAUCAGGAGUCCAGUUUCCUCAACAUUGGUGACUCGAGCACAAUCUCUUCCAUCAGAGUCUCUCUUCAUUCCUCCAGUGGUCGUGAUUGUUCUGGGAGUUUUGCUCUUACAGCUCUUAGUGCCGCUGCUGAUACUGAUUCAACACAACAGAGUGAUGAGGAGAGCUCUCUCUAAGAGGAGACACUGGACUCAGACUGAAGCAGUUUAUGAAGAAAUUGAGCCCAGACACAAAAACAGACACAAACACUUUAGUCAGAGAGGGAGUCUCAUCUCUGAAGAACAGUAUUCUGGGUAUGAAGAUGUCGAAGACGACUUCCUCUCAGAAGAGAUGGUGAAAAAAGUCCCAGCAGAAUACUAUGAUGAUGUCAUCACUGAUGGAUUAAAAGCAGACAGUGAGACAGAAAACACUGUUGAGAAUUAUGAUGAUGUCAACACCACAGGACAGAACUCUGAUCUUGAAAAAGACACACUAGAGAAUUAUGAUGACGUCAUUAACGGACAGAACUUUCAAGAUCUAAUAGAGACUCUUCUGUUUGCUCUGGAUGAUCAGAUCUUGUGGGAGCUGAAGAUACAGAUCAGAAAUGUGGUUUUAAUGUUAAUAUUGGAUGUGAAUGUGAGGUUGGUGAAUGGUAGCAGUCCUUGUGCUGGUAGAGUGGAGGUUCUUCUUGGUGGUCAUUGGGAACACACCUCAAGACUUGUUGCUGGUUCUCAUUUAUGUUCUGGAAGAGUAGAGAUGUAUUUUGAAGAAAGAUGGGGCACAGUGUGUGAUGCUGCGUUUGAUGAUCAGGAUGCAGAGGUUGUGUGUAGAGAGCUGAACUGUGGGGUUCCUGUACAGCUGCUGGGAGCAGAUGCUUUUGGUGAAGGAGAGGGACACGUGUGGACACAAGACAUUCAAUGUAGAGGAAAUGAGUUGUCCAUUCUACACUGUUCAUCAACACCUUCACAUGAUGAUAACUCCAACCACGAUAAUGACGUGGGACUGAUAUGUUCGGGUUACACUGACCUCAGACUUGUUAACGGCUCUGAUAUCUGUUCUGGUCGAGUUGAGCGUCAGUAUUUCAGUAAAUGGGGAACAGUGUGUGAUGGGUGCAUGAAUAUGAGAGCUGCCAGUGUUGUCUGUAGACAGCUGAAUUGUGGGAUUGCUGUGUCUGUUGUGGGAGUGGACUGGUUUGGAGAGGGAUCUGGUGAAAUCUGGGCUGAUGUGUUUGAUUGUCAGGGGAAUGAAACACAACUCUCACAAUGUUCAAUCUCUUCAUGGAGUCGAGCUGAAUACUCUCAUAAACAAGAUGUUGGAGUCAUUUGUUCUAAUUCCUCUCUGUCUCUUCAUGAUGGUGGUGUGAGGUUGUCUGGAGAGAGAGAGUGUGAGGGGGAGCUGGAAGUUUACAUUGAUCAGGUCUGGAGGAGAGUUCUGCUGGACUCAUGGAGUGUCACUGAAUCCUCUGUGGUCUGCAGACAGCUGGGCUGUGGCUCUGUGCUGAACUUCUCUGGCUCCUCUUCAUCCAGUGCUGAACACAGUCAUGAGUGUGUGAUGGGCUUCAAGUGCUCUGGGACUGAACAUCAUCUGAGGAACUGCAGCAGCUCUACUCAAACUCUUAACUGCAGCUCCACACAACACCUGUCAAUCACCUGCCUUGGUCAGAGGUCGACCAGGCUUGUGGGAUCUGGUGGAGAUUGUGCAGGGAGGCUGGAGGUUUUUCACAAAGGCUCAUGGGGAACAGUGUGUGAUGACUCCUGGGAUAUUAAAGAUGCUCAUGUGGUGUGCAGACAGCUGCAGUGUGGAGUGGCUCUCAGUGAUCAGCCAGUACCAGCCUGGUUUGGUCCUGGUUCUGGACCCAUAUGGCUGGAUGAUGUGAACUGUGAGGGGAAUGAGACGUCUCUGUACUGCUCUUCACGGGUCUGGGGAGAUCAUGACUGUAACCACAAGGAGGAUGUAGGAGUCGUGUGCUCAGAGUUUAAAGAGAUCAGGUUAACUGAAGGCUGUGAAGGGAAUGUGGAGGUUUUCUACAAUGGAUCCUGGGGUAAUGUUUGCUGGAACAAUAUGGACAAAGACACAGCGAGUCUGAUUUGUCAAGAGCUCAACUGUGGAAGAUAUGCCAGUGAAUUUAUUUCUUCAGUUGGACUGAAGACUCAAAACUGGGUGGAUUAUUUUAAAUGUCGAUCACAUGAUUCCACCUUAUGGCAGUGUCCAUCUUCACCCUGGGGACAGAAUAAGUGUGAUGAAGAUGAAGUGGCCAAAAUUACCUGCUCUGAUUCAGACGCAAAGAAGGUGAUUCGGGAUGUUCCCCGGAGUCGACUGACAUGUUCUACUUCAACAUCUCCGUACCAGAGACAAUGUUCAGGUCAUGUUCCUCUCAGACUGAGUGGAGGUAAAGGCAGGUGUUCUGGGAGGCUGGAGGUGUAUCAUAACUCUGAGUGGGGUUCAGUCUGUGAUGAUCUGUGGGACAUCAGAGAUGCUCAGGUGGUCUGCAGGCAGCUGGGUUGUGGAGUAGCAUUGAGUGCUGAUGGGAAUGAAGCGUUUGGUGCUGGUGAAGGUGUUGUGUGGCUGAACAGAGUCGAGUGCAGGGGGACUGAGAUUCACCUGUGGGACUGUCCUCACGUCCUGAAAAACCACACUAACUGCUCACACAAAGAACAUGUUGAACUCAUCUGUACAGAUUUGUCUGUGUCCACAACUCCUGCUACAACAACAACAACAACAACAACUCUAUCUCAGACUAACAAGAGCCCAGUGACUUCUCAAACUCCUCAUCAGAGUCUCUCUUCAUUCCUCCAGUGGUUGUGAUUGUUCUGGGAGUUUUGCUCUUACUGCUCUUAGUGCCGCUGCUGAUACUGAUUAAACACAACAGAGUGAUGAGGAGAGCUCUCUCUAAGAGGAGACACUGGACUCAGACUGAAGCAGUUUAUGAAGAAAUUGAGCCCAGACACAAAAACAGACACUUUAGUCAGAGAGGUGAGUCUUUAUGUUUAUAAUGUGUUGAAGGUUAUAUAUGUACGUAUGUUAUUGUUAUUCUAUAUUAAUAAAACAUAUCAGAUGUAUAAUUAUUAAAACUAGUGUGUCUUGUUAUUGUCAUGAUUGUGAAGUGUGUAAUUCAGUGUAUGUUUUGGGGUUGUUUGUGUGUGUGUUUAGUUGAAUGUGUAGUUUAGAGUCUGUCAGACAGCUGAUGUUAGUUUAUUAUAGUCCUGUUAAACCUCCUGCUUCAAACCACAGAAUUCCUCUCACAAAACCACAGAGCUGCAGGUGCAUGUUUACAUGUGUGUGUGUGUGGGGGGGGGUUUGUGUGUCAUCCUGUGAUUAUUUUUGGAGGCUAAUGUGGAGGGGGUUUAUAUGCUUGUAAGUAUGUGCAAUGCGUGUUUGUUUUCUUCCUGCCAAUAUUUCUAGUCGACUGAGAAAUGGAUUCAUAUUUAACACGUUUUCUGUGAUGUAACUUUAAUUCAGUUUCAGGUUGUUUGUAAUGAUCAACAUGUUUCUGAGUGUUCUGCUUCACUUUAACAGGGAGUCUCAUCUCUGAAGAACAGUAUUCUGGGUAUGAAGAUGUCGAAGAUGACUUCCUCUCAGGUUAGAAGACUGUGGAUUGACAAACAGCUCAUUUGAUUUACAAAUUUAGUAUAUACAGUAUAUGUAUCGUAUAACAACACUACAAUUCACAAUACUAAACAGUUUAAG